GCGCCCAUGGGAGGACUCAUGGCGUCGACACGCGCGUUCGCAUCGGUAUCGGUGGGGUCCGUGGGCCACUCCCAUCGCAGAGCUGGGGCAUCGGCGGCGAAACCCGCCGCUUCGCGCGGUGCCCACGCGCGAUGGUCCGCAAAGGCUGCUUACUCUGAAACGGGCGAUGUUAUUGGGCGCGGAGCCGGGAGCGGGCGCGCGCGCCGCCCCGGAUCUCGAUCGGGUCUUCACGUCGUCGCGUUGACCCAGGUGGGCGCGACGAUUCCCGCCGCGCUCACGCUCGCGUCCCUGGCCAAGUACAGCGCCGCGGGCGGACUCGGCGGCCUCGUGUCGCACACCCCUUCGGUGCCCCUGGACGUAAUCAAGACAAAGCUGCAGACGCAGCCGGAGAAGUACAAGGGGAUGGACAUGUGGCAGAUCGGCACCGAAAUCGUGCGGACGGAGGGAAUCGGUAGCAUAUUCACGGGCGCGGGCACCACGGCGGUGGGGUUCACGUUGCACGGGGUGUUCAAGUACAGCGGCUUUGAGGCUCUCAAGUUCAUGACGUUCAAGCACGGCGCCGGCUACAACGCGGGCGACGCCAUCGCGGUGUUCUCGCAGGACCACAGGAUCCAGACCCUGCUCUUCGCCGGCGCGAUCGCCGAGCUCUUCGCCACGCUGAUCCUGUGCCCGCUCGAGCAGACCAAGAUCAAGAUGAUAUCCGACCCGAACUACGCGGAUGGCUGGGUGAGCGGGGUCAAGCGGCUGAUACAGGAGGAGGGCGUGGAGGGCAUCGUGUCCACUCUGCCGGUGAUAUGGACCAAGACGAUCCCGUACACCAUGUUCCAGCUGGCCACAUAUGAUGUGACGAGCUCCGCGCUGAGGAGCUGGGCCAACGGCCAGUCGUUUGAGCCGCCGUCCAUCGCGCUUCAGUUGCCGGCUGCGCUGCUAGCGGCAGUCAUCGCGUCGCUGGCGAGCCAGCCCGGGGACACUCUGAUGAGCACGUUCAACGGGGAGUGUCCCGACGGUGCGGAGGAGUGCCCGGGGUUCGACUUUGUGGAGGGUGAGGAGCUUGACGAGGACGGGCGAUGCAUCCCAAAGCGGCGGGGGCUUCUGGAGACGGCGAUGGGUUUGGGGCCGGGCGGGUUGAUGCUCGGGUGGAAGGAGCGGCUCGCCCACACGUCACUCAUCGUGGUGAUACAGCUGACGGUGUACGACGAUAUCAAGAGGGCGCUGUUCCGAUGACGAAGCGGGGUUGAGGGGAGUUCGUGCCCCACCGUAUUACAAUUAAAAGAUCACUUCCCUUCCAAGGUAGUCUACCUGU